AUGGACUCCAAGAAGUUCAUGCAGAUGGUGGAGGAGAAGAAAAGACAGAUUCUUGCGAAGAAAGAAGCUCCUCUGAAAUGGGAGCAGAAGCUAGAGGCGGCUGCCAAGGCUACUGGAACCAAAGAUAAGAAGUCAAAGAAGCGAAGACAUAGGGAUGCGUCUGAAUCGAGCUCAGAAAGUGAUAGUGGCUCUGAGGUGAGAAGAAAGUCAAGGAGAACUCACAGUAAGCACCGGAGGCAUGCACACUCUGAUUCAGAUGAUAGUGAUAGGAGGAAAGAUAGGAAAUCAAGGAGGCACAAGAGAAGGUCCUCAAGUAGCAAUGAUGAGUACGAAAGUGAGUCUGAUGACGAGCACAGGAUAAAGAUAAGACACCACCGGAGGCACAAGUCGCAUAGCUCAAGGCACAAGUCGCAUAGCGAGGUGGUUACUUCAAGUGAUAGCGAGGAAGAGAAAGGAGGAAGAAGACGAGGCAAAUAUCACAGGCACAGCAGAGGUUCAGCCUCGUCCAGCGACUCUGAGGAUGGUGGGAAGAGUGGAAAGAGAAGACAACACAAAAGGCAUCGAAGGGAAGAGUCUUCAGGCGAGGAUGAUGGAGCAAUGCGAAGGAGAGGGCUUCAUAAACAUGACAGAGAGUCGGCAUCCGAAACUGAUGGAAUGUUGUCAGAUGAGAAAAGAGAGCACAGCAUAGACAAGUGA